AUGGGUCCGAACUGGGAGGAGCGCAGGACCGACACCAGCACCAGUACCAGCACGGAGUCUGCGCUGUCGCUCUUUUACGGGCCGUUGACACCGGCGUCUGCUGAUCUGGAAACGGUAGCCCCUCCCAAGGCCUCACCACCGUUUUCCCACCGUCAGGACCUUGAACACGUCGAUUCAGCAGAGGACGCUGAGGGCAGACUCCCUCCCACAAAGGGUCGAAACAGUCAUGGCCUGUCUGGGGCCACUCGACGGACGGGGUCGACCAGGGUGCUUGGCCGUAUCUGGACCCAGUGGGCGAGAAUCUCCAACCCAGCGACUACCAUGAAUGGCCAGGCCUUCAGGCUUCAUUCAGUGCCGCAGCCUUCGUCCCUCUUCAUGUUUGACCGGCAGUCAAGAACAAGGACCCAAAAGUGGCCAGAAAAACCGGACAAGUUCAAGCCCAAUCGACCCGAAAAAAACCUCCCAAGCAUCACUGCGACACAGCAACAGCAAACUAUCGAGCGCAGGCACGAGUAG